AUGCCCAAAUUGGGACGCUCCAUUCUGGCUAUCGUUGCCGUGAUAAACGGUAUCGGUGGUUUUAUCGCUGACUGGAAUCACACCCAUGUCUACAACCCACGCUGGCCGCCACACGCCAAGUUCCACAACGGGCAAACAUUAUCAACGGGUGUGCUUCUCGGCAUUGGCGCUCUUUAUUACCUCUAUCGCCCAAGUACCUCACGUGUUAUCGAGAAAGAAUCACUCUACACAGCUGCAUUGCUGACGAGUCUGAACUGGGUUGCACAAGUUAGCGCGGCAUUUUACCCUGGGUCACUACCUGUAGAUCCCGAGUUUGGCGACGGAUUCCCGCAGGCGUACAUAGCUGGUGCUCUGUUGAGUAUCGAACUCUAUAUCUUUGGAGACCAAUCACAAAAAGUCGAUGAAGGACUAAGAACUAUCAUCUGUUCUGAUCGUGAUCCUAUCCAGGAUUCAUUCUUAGCCAAAGCAUAUGAAGCAAUUCGCUCUGAAAUUCACGCUUUAAAGCCUAGAGUCUCCAUCAAAUUUGCAGGCUUAUUAGACCUGUUAGCCUUACGCGAAGAUGGCUUCAAAAGUGUUCCUCUAGAUCACGCCCUUACUGUUAUCUAUCAGAUUAGUCUCUUCAUACGAUUGUGCCAUAAAACUGGGCGCUACCCACAGCCAUCAGACUCUUACUUAGCAGGGAUUUGCACCGGCACGCUCGCUGCAGCUGCAAUCAGCUAUAGCCGGUCUCUUUCCGAGCUUGUACCAGUAGCGGUACAGACUGUCAUCAUCUCAUUUCGCGCUGGUUUAUUAGCUGCAGAAAUCGGGACACAAGUGGCGUUAAAUGACAAGACCGGAGCUUCAUGGGCAGUAAUCUACCCGGGAUUAUCGGUAGAGAAGGCAAAUUCUGUUAUCAAAGACUUCUCAGAAUCGCAUUGGGAUUUGCUAGCAAAUACUCUAAGUUCCGUUUUGCAGUCUCCAAAAGACACCAAAACCUUGUUGAUUCCAAUCGCUACUGAUGCAGGACCGGGCAUCAAAGCAGUGUUGAAGAUGAAGGGGAACACAAACAUUGAAGUAGCAGGCCAUCCACUUGGGCCCGCAAAUUAUGAUCGAUUUGAUGCCGGAAAACACCAAACAUAUUCAAGCGCCGCUGGAAAUUUGCCAAGAUCCAAGAUUGCUAUCAUUGGUAUGUCAGGCAGAUUUCCUAGUGCAAACGAUACCGCAAAAUUCUGGGAUCUCCUCUACAAAGGCCUAGAUGUGCAUGAGGUCGUACCUCCACUUCGAUGGGAUCAAAAGACGCAUGUGGACAGUUCAGGUACCAGAAAAAACACCAGUGCUACACCUUACGGUUGCUGGCUUGAGGAACCCGGAUUGUUUGACGCCAGAUUUUUCGGUAUGUCUCCAAGAGAAGCUCAGCAGGUUGAUCCUGCGCAGCGUCUUGCCCUAAUGACAGCCUAUGAAGCACUAGAGCAAGCAGGCGUUGUCCCUGACAAUACGCCUUCGACUAAAAGAGACCGAGUUGGGGUUUUCUAUGGUGUAACAAGCAACGAUUGGAUGGAGACAAAUAGCGCGCAGGAUAUAGACACAUACUUUAUCCCUGGAGGAAAUCGUGCGUUCAUCCCAGGUCGUAUAAACUACUGCUUUAAGUUUAGUGGGCCGAGUUAUAGUGUGGAUACCGCAUGCUCAUCCAGCUUGGCAGCAAUUCAUAUUGCAUGUAACUCCCUCUGGCAGGGCGACGUCGACACUGCAAUCGCCGGCGGUACGAACGUGAUAACAAACCCAGAUUUCACGAGUGGACUUGACAGAGGACAUUUCUUAUCACGUACAGGAAACUGCAAAACAUUCGAUGAUUCGGCCGAUGGCUAUUGUCGAGGGGAAGGUGUCGCUACGGUGGUUUUAAAACGUCUUGAAGAUGCUUUGGCAGACAAUGACCCUAUUCAGGGCGUAAUACUAAACGUAUCUACUAAUCAUUCAGCCGAAUCAAAUUCCAUCACUCGACCGAAUGUGGGAGCACAGAAAGAUAUGUUCCAAAAGGUUCUUAGCGGUGCAGAGCGCCAAGGUGUCAGUUAUGUCGAGAUGCAUGGAACCGGGACACAAACUGGUGACUUUGCUGAGAUGUCAAGCGUUUUGGAAUGCUUUGCACCCAAGGUUGGUCAGCGUUCCGCGGACCAACCUCUUUAUCUUGGAUCUGCCAAAGCAAAUGUGGGCCACGGUGAAGCUGCAGCAGGAGUGACAAGUCUCAUCAAAGUCUUAUUAAUGAUGCGGAAUAACACAAUACCUCCUCAUUGUGGUAUUAAGACUAAAAUAAAUCACAGAUUUCCGGAAGAUUUGUUUUCUCGGGGUGUUCGUAUUACCGACAAGCCGAUCAAGUGGGAGAAAGCCCACGGCCGUCCUCGUCAAGUACUAGUAAAUAAUUUUAGUGCUGCCGGCGGUAACACUGCCCUGCUUUUGGCGGAUCCUCCUUGGAGACUUGCCGACUCAAAGAACGAUGCUCGAAUCAUACAUUUAGUUACCAUCUCUGCUAAAACGGCUUCGGCGUUGAAAGCAAAUGCUCAAUCCCUGUUGUCAUUCCUGACGGGUACUCCUGCUUCUUCCAUUUCCCUGUCUUCUCUUGCUUAUACCACAACUGCAAGACGUAUUCACCAUCCCCAUCGCAUUGCCAUAACUGGAAUUGGUAUAGAAGACAUAGCAGUCAAACUGUCUAAGGCGAUAAAUUCCGAGGUUGGAAAAACAAGGUCCAUUUCAAGCCCUUCGAUUGCCUUCGCAUUCACCGGGCAGGGAUCUAGCUAUAUUGGAAUGGGGAAGGGGAUAUUUGACAGAAUCUCUUCUUUUCGGGCUGAUAUUUGUCUCUAUGAUAAAUUGGCACAAAAACAAGGAUUCCCCUCGAUCCUACCCAUUAUCAGCGAAGAUGGAGAUAAAACCCAGAUACCCGAUCAAUCUCCAACGGCAGUGCAACUGGCUAUCACUUGCUUGCAGAUGGCGUUGGUCAGGCUCUGGGCUUCAUGGGGUGUCAACCCCAGUUGUGUGGUCGGCCAUAGUCUUGGCCAUUACGCUGCAUUAAAUGCUGCAGGGGUUCUUUCGGCGGCGGAGACAAUCUACUUAGUCGGAAUGCGCGGUCAAGAGCUUGAAAGAGCUUGCUUGCCUCACACACAUCUGAUGCUGGCUGUCAAAUCUUCGAUCGAGAUACUCACCCCCUUUUUGAAAGAGAAGGAAGUUGAGAUUGCUUGUAUAAAUGGCCCAAGUGAUAUUGUCCUUAGUGGAACUCGAGAAAAUAUCGAAAGUCUGUCUAAGCUUUUAGUAUCACAAAAGAUCAUGGGGACAAUCCUCAAAACCCCUUAUGCUUUUCACUCCUCUCAAAUGAAUAGUAUACUCGAGGAAUUCAAGCAGAAUGCCCAAGGUGUGGCCUUUCACCCACCAGAUAUUCCUAUCAUCUGCCCGCUCUCAGCAACCGUGGAUGAACACUUGAAAAUUUUAAGUACGACGAUACACGAGGUCAUUUCCGAAGAUAUAGGAGAUCAGCACGGUUCAAUAAUUGUAGAGUCUGACAUCCAUCGUUCUGAUCUCCAUCCAUUGGUUCAAGGACACAAAGUGAAUGGCAUUCCACUUUGCACACCGUCCGUGUACGCCGACAUUGGACUUUCUAUAGGCCGGUAUCUUCUUAAAAAAUAUCGACCAGUCAUGAAAGACCAACAAAUUGAUAUUUCAAACAUGGUGGUCGAGAAGGCGCUUAUCGCCCAAGAGAAGGGGCCACAGCUACUUCGUACAUCAGUAGACAUUGACUGGCACCAGAAGAGCGCCAGUUGCCAGUUUUCCUCGGUAGAUGAAAACAAAAAGACUAUUGUUGUGCAUGCCAAGUGUAACAUCUUAUUCGCCUGUCGUCCUGAUCCCCAAUGGCUGGAAGAUUCCGGAGUAGAAUUCGAAUCUCGAAUUAAGCAACUCGAAGCAGGCCUCGCUACAGAUCAAUGUUAUAAAUUUAACAAAACAAUGAUAUAUAGGAUGGUAGAUACGCUGGCAGAGUUUGACCCAGCAUACCGUGCAUUGAGUGAGGUCGUUCUGAACAGCUCGUCGUUGGAAGCAGGUAGCAAAGUCGAUCUAAAUGCUGUAAACAAUACUGACAGUACCACUUUUCACACACACCCCGCCUAUAUUGAUGCGUUUUCUCAAGCCGCUGGCUUUGUUAUGAAUGCCAAUGAUAGCUCAGAUCCCACAACUGAAGUCUUCGUCAACCACGGCUGGGGCUCUUUCCGACUUUUUGAGCCGCUUCUUCCCGACAGAGUCUAUCGAACAUAUGUCAAAAUGGUGAAAGCGCAAGGUUCUAUUUGGGAAGGCGACGUAACGAUACUUGACGGUAACCGACCCGUUGGAAGAUUUGAACAGAUUCAGCUUCAAGGUGUUCCUAAACGGCUUUUGCAUAGCAUUCUACUGUCAGCAAGUAGGCAGCAGUCGCAAAAGGAAACUUCCAAAUAUUCCAGAUUUGAGCCCUCUGAAUUAGAUCUGGACACGCCAUUGACACCACCCUCUUCUGCAAAUGGCAUUGUAGUCACCAAUAAUAAUAUAGACAGUAACCCCAAACAAAUCGAGGCAAAAUUGGAUGUGAUGAACAAGGUUCUACAUGAAAAGUACGGCAAAACCAUGGAAAUCGUUGCCGAGGAGACUGGUAUCGAUAUUCAAGAGUUGAAUGAUAAAACUGACUUUGUAUCAAUUGGGGUUGACUCGCUCUUGUCAUUGAUCAUCACAAGUCGCCUCAGCGAAGAGGUGGGCUUUGAUACGAGUUCUGGAUUCUCCCUUUUUGACCAGUUCUUUACCGUGGAAACUUCACCACAACCUUUUCUAGCGUCAGAUGAUCUAAGCGCGAUGCACAAAUCACAAAUCCGCCAGCCUAGCUCCGUCAUCCUUCAAAAGGCACACACGAGCAUUAAUGUUAGGUCACUAUUUUUGUUCCCAGACGGAUCCGGCUCUGCGUAUUCCUACGCCAACAUUCCACGAGUGAAUGAUGACCUGACGAUUGUUGCCCUAGUAUCGGCAUAUAUGCGUGACCCAGAGGAAAUGAAAUGUUCAUUCGACGAGCUCGUCACUGGCUUUCUCAAUGAAAUCAAAAAGCGACAGCCGACUGGACCGUACAUCCUUGGUGGUUGGUCGUCCGGUGGUGUUUUUGCAUAUCGUGCUGCGCAGAGGUUAAUUGCGGAGGGCCAGAGGGUUGAAAAUUUGGUGAUAAUCGAUUCUCCCGAGCCAAAGGGUAUGGAUCGGUUGCCCCAACGCUUCUAUGAUCAUUGUAGUGCCAUUGAGGGUAUGAAGUUUUUGACCGACCAGCGGACUGACUUUAGCGCCGGCGGUUGGGCUUCUCUUUUCCCAGGUACCAAGGUAGAGGUUCACGUAAUCGAAGAAGCAAAUCACUUUUCAAUGAUGAAUGGCGAGCAUGCCGCAUCCUUGGCUAAAAUCAUUCGUUCAGCUACAUCCAAACCAGAGCUAUUCGCAAAUUCUUAG